AUGAUGUUCAAAGUGAUCGUAUUGUUCUCCCUCGUCGCCAGUUGCCUGUGCCAAGACGAAAGUCAGGCCGAAAUCACGCGAUUUGACAACGUCAUUGGACCCGAAGCCGGCCAAUACGAGUUCGCCUACGAAACAAGUAACGGCAUCAAAGAGGAAGUUCAAGGUGAAGGCGGCAAAUUUGCCAAGGGAUUUUACGAAUAUACCGCACCCGAAGGCGAAGUCAUCCGCGUUGAAUAUGUCGCCGACGAUAACGGAUAUCAGCCCGAGGGAGACCAUUUGCCCACGCCACAUCCCGCUGUCGCGAAAGCCAUCGAAUACCUUAAAGCUAACUUACCAAAGCAAGCGUAG